ACACACAGCGGAGAAAAACCCUACAUGUGUGGAGAGUGCGGAUACAGAACUGCUCGCAAGUCUGACUUAUCUCGACAUAUGAUGAAACAUACAGGAGAUAAACCUUACAAGUGUGACCAGUGCGACUAUUCUUCUACAGAUAAAGGGUGUUUAAAGAAUCACACGGUCACGCACGCCCCUUGAACAGUUCACAGUUGCAAAUACUGGACGGUUGAACAACAACAGUUUGUCGGCUCCAUGAACAAGUAAAGUCGGGCCUGCACAUGGUCAAACAAACCGCUGAGAAACCCUACAUAUGAGGGGAGUGCGGGUUCACAGGAAUAGACCUUACAAUUAACGGCAGCUACAGACUAAGGCUAUCGUGUGUUUUCAAUGGUAGUGGUUAUGCGUUGAAAUGUCAGUUUUGCAAGUUUCUUUUCCGUUCAGAUCCUACGUAGACAUAAGUAUUGAUAUAGUCAUAGAUACAUAUAGUUGCUCGUUGAAGAGAUUCAUCAGUCACGUAUGUACACAGUUAAUAGAAUUUUCAUCAAAUACUACUUUUAGAAAUGUAAACUCACGUACCUCCAAAUUUUCGAUGGCUAUCAGUCCAUCUUGAUCACAGAGUGACCUAGUGCUCGCGAGAGUUGCGAGAACUGGGUCGAGACUUGCGUGGAUCUUCUGCCCCUCACCCCGCCUCCUUGCGGAGUAAGGGCAAGUAGGACUUGGGCAGCUCCAAGUUGUUGUGUUUUUGCAUGCCCCAAUGUUACGGAAACACAUAUUCAACAGUAAACCGCAUAAUACUGCUGUAGGAGAUACUGAUAUUCUAGGUCAUAUUGCUACCUCAACUAGGUGAAUGUCAAUAUAACACUGUAGUCAUUUAUUUGGUGCUGAUGUUUCACACAUCAUAUCAAACGUUCUUAGAUUAUCUUCAUUCCGAGUAUUAUAAGUAGUGGUAGCAUGACUAGUACUAGUGGUACAUGUAGUAUACUAAGAUGUAAUACAUUAUAUUAAUUUACACGAUUUGCAGUUACAACAUAUGAAAAAGUAAAAUCAACUGUUUGGUCCACCUGCCUUGUGCUGUUAGUUUAUAUCAUCUCUAUACCCAAUGCAAAGCAUAGUUUAGAAAGUGUGUGAAACAAAUUAAUAGCACAGUUAUAGGUUAAAUAAAUAAUAGGUAAAACUGUAAGGGUAAUCAGGUAGAUCAACUUUAACCUUCGACCUCUAGGUCAGUUUACCAGGCCGCCAUCUUGAUUCAUCGGUUGAGCACGUACAAGACCCCUUUGUUUCCAAUUUUGCCGUUUUCUUUAGACAUUUCUACACAUUAGCAGUUAAUCAGGACCAUAAACAGAAUGGACGAAAGAAGCAGCGAUGUUGCUGUGGACGAUCACCAAGCUGUGCAAUCUAGAGACGAAACAAACAGCAGCGAGACAUUAGAAACGGUAAGGCAGCAGAACAAGGAAGGUGGCAUUCCAUACGAGGGAGUGUGCGGAGUAGAAUCUGACCACCACCCCACACAGGGCCAUACAGCACAAGCGGACGUUAUUGCGUUGAAACAUACUGUUGAUAAACGUUUUGCGUGUACGGAAUGUGAAUAUAGGGCAGCAUUUAAGUCUCACCUAUUGAUACACAAAAGAAAACAUACAGGUGAAAAACCAUAUAAAUGUGACCAGUGUGACUAUUCUGCUACACAGAAAGGAAAUCUAGACAAACACAUGACUAAACACACCGGAGUAAAAAACAAUAAAUGUGAUGAGUGUGACUAUGCUGCUGCACGGAAAGGAUCUUUAGAACAACACAAGGCUACACACACCGGAGAAAAACCCUACAUGUGUGGAGAGUGUGGAUACAGGACUGUUACCAGGUCUUCCUUAACCGUACAUAUGAGAACACAUACAGGUGUGAAGCCUUAUAAGUGUGACCAGUGCGACUAUUCUGCUGCCCUGAAAGGAAAUUUAGACAAACACAUGACUAAACACACCGGGGGAAAACCCCUCAUGUGUGGAGAGUGCGGAUACAGGACAGCUGUCAGGUCACACCUAUCCGCACAUAUGAGAACACAUACAGGUGAGAAACCCUAUAAGUGUGACCAUUGCGAAUAUUCUGCUGCACGGAAAGACAAUUUAGACCGACACAUGUUAAAACACAGUAAAGAACACUAUAAAUGCGUCUAUUCUGCUGCAAUGAAUGGCAGUUUAGAUCAACACAUAGUUAAACACUACAAACCCUACAUGUGUGGGGAGUGCGGAUUCAGGACAGCUGACAAAUCUUACUUAAAUAUACACUUGAGAAAACAUACUGGUGUGAAACCUUAUAAGUGUGACCAGUGCGACUAUUCUGCUGCAAGGAAAAACCAACUAGAACGACACAAGGCUAUACACACCGGAGAGAAACCCUUCAUGUGUGGAGAGUGCGGAUACAGAACUGCUCGCAAGUCUGACUUAUCUCGACAUAUGAUGAAACAUACAGGAGAUAAACCUUACAACUGUGACCAGUGCGAUUAUUCUGCUGCACGGAAAGAAAAUUUAGACCGACACAAGGCUAAACAUACAGGAGAAAAACCCUACAUGUGCGGGGAGUGCGGAUACAGGACGGCUGAUAGAUCUGCCUUAACCGUACACAUGAGAAAGCAUACAGGUGUGAAACCCUAUAAAUGCGACCUGUGCGACUAUUCAGCUACACAGAAAGGCGAUUUAGACAAACACAUGACUACACACAGCGGAGAAAAACCCUACAUAUGUGGAGAGUGCGGAUACAGAACUGCUCGCAAGUCUGACUUAUCUCGACAUAUGAUGAAACAUACAGGAGAUAAACCUUACAAGUGUGACCAGUGCGACUAUUCUACUACAGAGAAAAGGUGUUUAAAGAAACAUGUGGUCACGCACGUUCCUUGAACAGUUCACAGUUGCAAACACUGGACGGUUGAACAACAACAGUUUGUCGGCUCCAUGAACAAGUAAAGUCGGGCCUGCACAUGGUCAAACAAACCGCUGAGAAACCCUACAUGUGAGUGGAACGCGGGUUCACAGGAAUGGACUUUACAUUUAACGGCAGUUACAGACUAAGGCCGUCUAUCGUGUAUUUUAAAUCGUUGUGGUUAUGCUUUGAAAUUUCAGUUUUGCAAGUUUCUUUUCCUUUCAGAUCCUUCUGCCCCUCACCAAGCCUCCUUGCGGAGUACUAGCAAGUAGGACUUGGGCAGCUCCCAGUUGCUAUGUUUUUGCAUGCCCCAUUCUUACGGAAACACAUAUUCAACAGUAAACCGCACAAUACUGCUGAUAAAACUGUCCGUUGUCGAGAGAACAUGUAAAUACUGUUCAGAGAAAGCAGUGGAAGAUGAAAUGGGCAUGAAUUUGCUAAUAAACUGAUAAAAGCUCCUUGGAUGUUCUAGGUCAUAAUGCUACCUCAACUAGGUGAAUGUCAAUAUAACACUGGAGUCAUUGACUUGGUGCUGAUGUUUCAUACAUCAUAUCAAACGUUCUUGUGUAUUAUGCUAAAACGAAUAAAGUUUUUUGAAAUUGAUUUUUUUAAUUAAGAAAAAUCAAGCAUCCUUAGAUUAUCUUCGUUCUACCCCCUCUCACAUUAGGCGCGAUUCGAUCGGAUGACGAGUCUGCGAGCUCUGAUUUACGAGGAGGCAUGAUCCUGAUGCCGAUGAAGAAAUGGCAGAUUCCCCCCUUCCCGUCAGGGUCA